AUGGCAGACGAAGAGGACAGAGCGUUACAGGACUCUCUGUCUCUCCGAGGUGUGGUGCUAUGCUGCACAUCACUCCCCCAAGAUGCUCGAUCCCGACUCCCUGGGAUCGCCGAGCAGAUGGGUGCUGUUCAUAAGCUGGAUCUCACUUCCGACGUAACACAUCUGAUCGUAGGCAACGUGAAUACAGCGAAGUACAAAUAUGUCGCCAAGGAACGACAGGACAUGCGUGUUCUGAAACCCGAAUGGAUCGAGGCAGUGAGAGACUCAUGGACUGAGGGUGGUCAAGUGGAUGUGGCGGCGCUGGAAGACGAGUAUAGGCUGGGAGCAUUCUUCGGUUUGAAGAUAUGCGUUACUGGAUUCGACAACCUGGAGCAGCGCGAACAGAUAUCAGACAGGAUCGUUGAAGAAGGGGCCGAGUACCACGGCGACCUGACCAAGGCCGUCACACACUUGAUCGCUGCUGUGCCGCAAGGAGCGAAGUACACUCACGCCAAGAACUGGAAGACGCCCAUCGUAUCGUUCAAGUGGUUCGAGGAUAGUGUGAGACGAGGUAUGGCGUUGGACGAGUCUCUCUACGAUCCUACGCUGCCCAGUACUGAGCAAGGACGAGGUGCUAUGGCUGUGAAAGAGGCUCGUACGAGUCUAGGCAAGCGGUCGCGCGAGGACGAAUCUCAGACUACGGACAAUGCCAGCAAGCCGAAGUUGCGCAGAACGGCUAGUAGUCGUCUACACAGCCAAAGCCAAGACAUGUGGAACGACAUAUCGAGCCGCGGAGGAACAAACGCUCCUUCGGAAUCGGAUCAAUGGAAGGACAGCGAAGCAAGCAUCAAUCAGCGUCCAACGGUAGAAAGCGUUCACGUCCGUCGCUCUGAUGUCUUCCCUACCGAGAGCGUAAGUGCACCUGAUGGGAUGUUUGCUGGUCGAUAUAUUCUCAUUCGUGGCUUCCCUCGAGAUCGAUCUCAGCGCUUGCAGGAAUUUCUGAAACCGAAUGGUGCGUCCAUCGUGCAUAGCGUGAACGAGCUGGAAAGGGCGUCUCGGCUUCCCUUCUUCAAGUCUCGAUUGCUCCUUAUGCCACAUGCCUCCGAGGGAAGUGCGAUGGUAAUCCCAGAUGUCCCGCCAGGCACUGAGAUCGUCAGCGAGUGGUGGCUCGAACGAUGCAUACAAGGCAAAGUCUUCCAUGAACCUUCUGCACACAUCUUAUUCAGGCCAUUGACAGAGGCGAAAGUGGCCGGCUUCGCUGAUCUAAGGAUCUGCAUCACUGGCUUUCCUGUUGUUGACUUCCGCCAGACUGCUUUAGCUAUCAAGCUGAUGGGAGCAACGUAUGAAGAGGACCUAUCUCCAUCGAUAUCAGUGCUCGUCUCGGGCGCAGACGUUGUCAAGAAGGAGAAGGCUUGGUACGCUGCCAAGCAUAACAUCAAGAUCGUCACACGCGAUUGGCUUUGGGCAUGUCUUGCAUCAAAACAGAUGGCCAAAUUCGAGCCUUUCAUUGUGGAUGCACUCCGUGCCGAUGCGAAAGACGAUGCCUCCGACGCGGCAAGCAGUUCACGAAGUAAUCGAAUGCCACGCCAGGAAAUGGAGCGCGUGAGAAAGGACGACGCUGGCUCUAAGCGACUAUCAGGUACGCGCAGAAAGCACGCGACAUCUUCGCUCGCCUUCAAAGCCACCAGUCCUGUCGCUGACCGGUCUGCUACCAAGCAAGGGCCGUUCAUCCUUGAGGACGACGAGCAAGAUGACGAGCCUGCGGAAGUAAUAGCACAUAACAUGUCACCAUCGGCGCUUGAAUCUGCCCGUCCCGAGCCUCUACAAGCACUCUCGACGAAUGCUUCUCCGCGCAAGGCUGGCAGUCAAAGCAAAUUGGUCGAGCCGACAGUGUCUGGGGACGAUGAGAAUGCACCCGAAGCUUCGAUGACCUUGGACGAAAUCCAGACCGACGAAAAGAUUGAUGAGCCUCAGCAGCCGAUCCUCAAACCACACGAGGACCUGAGGGCAGACCUAGCCGCAUUGAUCCAUCGACCACCAUCAGCUCGGCCAACAAGCGCCGUCUCUGACGUGCCACAAAAGCGCAAGAGCCGCAAGCUCGGCCGCUCGACCAGCAGUAUGGCAAACCGCACUUUUUCUGGCUCUGCACAAUCCGCUUCUUCUCUUCUGCGCGAGGAGACGAACCCUUCGGGAGAACAUCCUCCUACGAGCCUCGCCACGGAGGUUCAGCUACCACCCGGUACGCAGCUUGGGUAUGAGACUGCAGAUGCUGAGGCGCAUCGCGUCAUGAUGGAGAGGAAGAUGAAGGUUAGUUUGCAGGACAGUAGUAGUGGGAAGCGGGUGGCGAGUGUGGGUAUGAUUAAGGAUAGUUUUGCUGGUGGUGAGGCUGCGGUCGGCAGUAGGGUGAGGGUGAGGACUCGGGCGAAGUGA